AGGGACAAGAGGAUGGUUAGGUGCAGCAAAGAGAGGGCCAAGGAGAAGUGGGAUCGAGAGUACAGGGGACAGCUGGAGACAAAAUAUAAACGCUGAGCAGGGAAAUAGCCACGAUAGUGAAGGAAGGAUGGGGAAUCACAGAAACUUCUCAGGAACCCAGUGAAAUGAGCUGCACCAGGGACUUGAAGAAAGAGUUUUCAGCUGGGAGAAGAGAGGAAGGCAAGAUAUCAGGACACGGUAAGAAUCUGGACCUGUGAUGUUAAGAAAUCAGUAAAUAUUAAAAAGAAGAUGGAUGCAAGAAGGAUGAAGAAAGAGGAAGGACUCACAGAAAACACUGGACUUCCCCAGAAGCUGCUUGAAAAACACGACCCCUGGCCAGCCUAUGUCACCUAUACCUCCCAGACAGUGAAAAGACUCACUGAGAAAAGCAAAACUAGAGAACUGGAAUGCAUGCGUGCCCUCGAGGAAAGCCCUUGGGUGCCUAGGCAGAAUAAAUCUUCCAGCGUCAUUCAGCCGAAAAGGAGAAAGUCGUCCAAGUCUUCCGGCAAAGCUGUAUUCAGGGACACGCUGUCAGAAUCCACGUUAUCAAUGUGGGGCGCUUAUUCGGUAUCGGCCAUGGCUCCUGCCAUGAUCCCAGACCCCACACGCUUACAUACGGAUUCCAGAGACUGUCCAGCUGAAAACUAUAACAAGAUCAUCUUUGCCCGAAAGCCUGUGAUGAGGAUGCUCUCUACAGUUCGCUACUGACCAACAAGGAGAAACAUGCAAAUGUUUGCCAGGGGUCCCUGCAGCCAUCCCCCAAGAACAUACAGCAAUUAAGCUCCAUUUACCA